UGGUAAAUUUUACACCAGGCGAAAAAUUUUUAACAAUCAAGAGAAAUGAUGAAAAUAAAAAUAUGUCGUCGGUGUCGCCUUUUUUACUUAAAAAAGUAAUACAGAAUAUUGCUGGUGAUGUACUUAGCUGUACAAAGAUAAGAGACGGUACUGUUCUAGUAAAAACUAAAAAUGUCGUACAAGCAGGUAAGCUAAUAAAACUAGUGAAAUUAAGUCCUGAAGUAAAUGUACUAGUGGAGGAACAUAAAACCUUAAAUGAAGUAAAAGGUGUUUUCUAUAGUCCCGAUCUUCAAUAUGUAUCAGACGAGGAAUUCCUAAAUGAAAUGAAGGAUCAGAAAAUAAUUGAAAUUAAAAGAUUUAAAAGGAAAACUGAUAAUGCUUUUAUUGAAACAGGACUUUAUUGUGUUAAAUUUUCGGUAACGAAGCUGCCAAAUGAAAUAUUUAUUGGUUAUCAAAGAUAUAGUGUCAGGCCUUUUAUACCUCUACCGCUUAGGUGUAUGAAAUGUUUAAACUUCAACCACUUAACUGAAAAUUGUAAAAAAGAAAAAAUGUGCUCGAAUUGUGGUGAACUGUACCAUUUGAUAGAUAAUGAAAAAUGUGCUAAACCUGAAAAAUGUGUAAAUUGUAAGGAUUCUCACAAUGCAUUUUACAAGAAAUGCCCUCGAUUCCUGAAAGAAAAGGAAAUCAAAACUAUUAAAAUAAAAGAGAACGUAGACAUGAAGGAAGCAAUCAGGAGAUAUAAUAUGCGUUUUCCAUUCGUAAGACCACUUUCUGAAAUACUUAAUAAUCAAAAGCAGGUAUGUCGAUGUAAAUGUUCGUGUAACAACAAAAUAACAGAUGAAGAUAAAAUCUCUGACAAAUCGAAAAUUGUUUUUGGGGAUGACAUGAAAAAAAAUGAACAUGAAAAUAAAAUAGAAAACAAGCCAAUUAUUCAGCCAAUUAUUCAGCCAAUUAACCCAAGUGCGAAUAUUACCAAAUCUAUAACAUUAGAAAAUGGCAAUAUAAUUUUACCAAAAAAUCUUUCAAAAAAACAAAAACGAGAAAUUAAAAAACAAAUAAGUAAGAACAAAAAACCAAAAACUGAUGAGAAAGAUGACUCGAGCACCACUAGCAGCAUUGGGGAUCUUGACAUGGUAGAUAAUUUUGAAUAAAUGUCUGUUUUAUAUAAUAUAAUACAGUGGAAUGCCGAUGGCCUUUAUAGUCAUUACGAAGAUUUUGAAUUACUGAUUAAGAAAUACAACCCUUUUGCAAUAGGUAUACAAGAAACAAAAUUUAACAAAAACCAUGUGCCUAACAAAAAGAAUUAUGAAGUUUAUUACAAAAAUGUACUAUCAAAUACGGUUGCCCAUGGAGGAGUAGCCAUAUAUGUACACACUUUAUAUAAAUCCGAAGAAAUAGUUAUAAAUUCUAACAUCCAAGUAGUAGCAGUCAAAAUAUUUUUUCCAAUAAAGUUCAUUUUAUGCAACAUCUACUUAGAAAAUAAUGUUAAUAUAAAUAAAGCAGAUUUAGUUAAUAUUUUUCAACACUUCGAUUGUCCCUUCUUGUUGGUUGGAGACUUCAACUGCCAUAAUUAUUUAUGGGGUUCACAAAAAAUUGACAGGAGAGGAAAAAUGAUAGAAGAGAUUAUAGAUGACCUUGACCUUAUACUAAUGAAUAAUGGAAAUCCAACUUUUUUUAGCUUCUCUCACAAAACUCAUAGCUGUAUUGACUUAUCUAUUUGUACACCUAUAAUUCAAAAUUAUUUCAACUGGACUAUAGAAGAAAACCUUUUUAAUAGUGACCACUAUCCGAUUGU